CACCCGUACAUCUGCGGUAGAAGAAAUCUAUUUUUGCUACAGAGUGGUUAAGCGAGUCCUCGCAUACCAUUCUUCGUUUUAACCCUUUGGGUGCCGCGGACGCUUGCGAGCGUUGAAUCAGUGCACUGGACAUGACUCAAAAGGUACAAAACUUCCCAGGAGAGACGUUUAGAAAAUGCAAGUUAAUCAUCGUAAUUUAUAAUGACAGUGUACGGGUACACUGUCGCUCAAAAGUUUGUAGCAGUUUUCGAUUCUCGAGAAAGAAGUACACAAAAAAAACUUUCAAAAAAAACAUUUGGGCGAUAGUGUAUGCGCGCAUGAAAUUGAAGAUAGGAACGAAAAAAUUCAUAUUUAACGCGAGCAAACGGUUGCGAUCAAAACGAUCAUGGAAAAAGGAAUAAAAAAUUAACACCAAGUUGCCAGUUCAAGGAUAAACCGAUCGCGUCGCACGUGUCUGCCGUACAUGUCAAGGGAUUCGUGAUAUGUACGUAUGCAAAUAGGAAAUCAGUUAUGAAUCAGUCGUAGAAAUCUGCAACGUAGUGUAAAUAUUCGAUAAACACGACGUAAUGUCAUGUUAAUACACGUGAAAGAUUACUACUAGUAUACAACUCUAAAGAUUUAAUAUCGUAUAGUUAAACUUGAUUAGAACGAGUAUGUCAGUUAAUAGGUGGGGCAAUAAAAAAAUAGUCAAAGAAUGAAUAUAGUAUGUUCCACACGCGUUAUUACAUCUACCGUAAAGCUCCGACUGAAACCUUAAUGUUUCCUGAAUAUUUAUGUGCAUAUGUUUUCGCUAGUUGAAUGUUGUAAAUGUAAACGUUCGAAUACUUUCGUGUAUGAGUGUAUCAUCGUCGGAGGAGCUAAAGUUACUCGAGAAAUAGCGGAGAGACGCGACAGCAAUCGGAGGAGGACAACAAAGAUUUGCGCGGAGUAAACGAGAAAGGUAAGGAUAGUUAGAAAAAGGGGAGGGGAGGAGGGGAAGGGAAACGAUGAGACAGAGCGGCGGAGAAGGGGAAACGAGCGAGAAAAGGAUGGAGGGAGGGAGAGGAAGAGAGACAAAAAAGACAGUGCAACGGGGAAUAGGAAUGGGAUGCGAUGGCGACGGGUAUGGCAGGGGUAGGUCUCACUAGGCGGGCUAACCCGCUGGCGGCAUUGGCAGGUAUGGCGAUCAGCGCACGGGAAGUCUAUCGUCGCGUUGCAAUGAACGAGUGAAAUAUAACAACGCCCUCGAGGUAGGCCGUGGCCGUCACGAAAUCGAUCACGAGAAGAACGGUAACUCGGGUCGCGAGGAAAGUCGCGCGAACGCGAAACCAAUGCACGGGAUGGAGUAAUAGGAACGCGAACGGUGCCGAUUUCGAUGACAUGUAUUGUCUCGCGAGCGUGCUAAUCGCGGUCGUGGUCGGUUCGCUGGGGACGAAUCAUCCCCGAACGGUGAUCGCGUAUGCCAACGGUAAAUUGAAUUUAAUCAACGUCGCGAAGUGUUGCGAGCUCGAGGAGCUUCUCGUCGACGACACGUGCACGCCAUUGGCGGAAACGAACGAGACGGAGUGGCGACCGGAAUUCGUGGUGGAAAAGGUGAACGGUAUCUCGCGAAGCAGACAGGUCGAACCGAAUUAUCAGCUUAAGAUAGGAAGGCCAAAGUGCCAGCCGAACGAGCGCCAAUGGAAGGUAUACGACACCGAGGAGGAUCGAUUGGCGAUAUUGACGACCGGUGUGUUGCGACACUACACCACCGAUCCGACGAAAAAAACCAACGAGAACAAAGGUGUUUACGGGCUCGAUUCUACGGUACCAAUGGACGAGGAUGAUCUCGACACUGUGUCCAUUCAUUACGAUUAUCAAUUCGGUCACUAUUGCGCGGAUAAAGCAAGUUUGACCAGAGAUCGGCUCGUAACUACGUACGCUAUGAUCUGCGUACCCGACGUAGUUGUCACAUGGAGCGAUACAAAUUAUUUGAUGAGACACGCGAUCGAUCCUGCAUUUCAUGCGAUGUCGAUAGCUAGUUACCUGAUUGUCGCUGUUGUCUAUUUCGUCUUGCCGCAGUUGCGUGAUCUCGUGGGAAACAUGAUAACCAGCAUGACUUUGUGCCUUAUAGCCGGUCAAUGUGCCUCUAUGGUUAGAAUAUUCACGGAGUUCGGCAAUCACAUCAGUUUUAUGGUUGCCGAUACUGUAAUGUAUGUCUCGCUGUUAGCUGCGUUUUUCUGGCUGAACGCCAUGGGCUACUACGUGUGGAGCACUUUUCGUUCACGUAACGUAUUUUUACGAGUUACCGACGGCAGAAAAUAUUGUUACUAUUCCACGUAUGUUUGGGGCUCAACGGUUUGUAUAGCGGGCACCGCGAUUUUCGCACAUUUCGCUUUAGAAACUACCAAACCCAUGGUUGGGGGAACGAUAUACCCGCCUCAAGAAACGAUCGGUUGGCUCGGUAUUUCUGUAUUAUUUACAUCUAUCGCGCUCACGAUAUUGGUCGAUUUAAGUUUCGUUCUGACGACCGCGAAUAGGAUCAAACGUAUGAGCACGUACGGUCGCAUUCAUCACAAAAUGAAGUACAGCUUCAAAAUGUUCGUUUUCUUGUUUGCCCUGAUGAGCACCGGAUGGCUCGCGCUGUUACUGUCGCGACUCAACUUCGAGGUACUCGUGUAUUGUCAAAUUAUUAUCAAUCUGUUUCAAGCAAUUUCAAUAUUAUACGUUUGCGUGUUCGGUCAAAGGAGAGUUACAUUCUUGCUGGGGAAAACAUGCAAUUGCUGUAAUUCGAGAGAAAAUAUCGAAGGGCUCGACUGGGGCGAAGAAAUGACUGCCAUUAACGCGGGAUAUUAAAGACCCGAUUUUCAAACGAAGUAUUCUAUCCGAUGAUUAAAAAUUUCGGUUUCGUUUUGCAUUUUUUUUUUUUUAACAUUUUGAAACAAGUAUAUCAAACGAGGCCGAAAAUUUUGAAUUAAACCGAGUUCUCUUCUAGUACAUGUGUGUUAGACUUUGUAUGUCAAGUCAUGCUUCGCAACAACAUGAGCGAGCGACAACAAAACAUAUCGAUAAUUAUGUAAACAGUAUUAAAUACGCUGGAAAAUUAAUAAAUAUGCAAUCUAUUUACAUCGAAAAAUGUAAACUUAAACGUAUAAAUUUUAAUGUAAAUGACAACCGAGUAGAAUGAGAUAUUGUAUAUAAUAUUUAUCUGCAAAGUGUCAUAAAACUUAUCAACGAUGCAAUAUAAUUCACUCUAACUAUUUUCAAGCAUAC